UUCAAUUUAUUUUCAAAUUGUUGUUAUUCAAAAGUUGUAUUUAUUGAAAUAUGAAAUGUAAUUUUUUUCAACGAUUUUGUCUUUGAUGUUGUGCUAAUUUGUUCUAUAAAAAUGAAUGACGAAAAGAGCACAAAAUCAGAUCCUGAAGAAAAUGCUGGUUAUACAACGCCUCCAGAAAAGGCCCAGGCAGAGUCUGAUGACUCACUGUCGUUGUCUUUGACACCGCCUAUACUCGAGGAUAAUAAAAAUGAUGAAAAAUCCGAAGACAUAUCAGAACACUUAACCUCUAACAGCGACAGCAUCGAAAAUGAUCGAUCUUACCAGGAAAUAGAAAUUACCAACAGGCCUAAUAUUUUUCUCCACGUGCCCGAUGACGAACUCGUUCAUACUCCACAACAGCCCCCUAAUCCAUUAGAUAACAGUGCCUACAGUGACAACAGUAUCAUAAGUUUAAAUUACCUUAAAAACCUAGAACUUGGUGAUAAUGUGCUCAGCAUAUUAGACGAAAUCCUCCAAAAUGAUCAAAUUCAUUCUGACAAGGACACUACCUGCAGCAGCUCCAAGGAAGAAAGCCUGAAUAUUUUUGCAAACCUUGACUUGGAUGAUAAAGCUUUGUUAAAUUUUAGACGUGAUAACGACGUAAGCGUGGACGAAAAGAAUUUGUAUGCUAGUAACUUUGGACUGGUCCGAAAUGGUAACGAGCUGGAGAAACGUGUCAGAGAUUUUGAGGAACUGGUAGCAAUUAAAGACAGCAUGAUAGCUGUGCUGACUUCAGAGCUGGAUUCUUUCAGAGAAAUGAGCAAUGCCAAUACAGUGAGUACGCUGUCCACAACGGAAUACAAACAGCUUCAGGAAGAGUGUCAUAGCAAGUUGUUGGAAUACAAUAACGUUAUCGUUUACAAAAACGACCUCAUACAGCAACUUACAGAAUCCUUGGAUCAGUCCGUUACUGAGAGGAAGGAACUUUUGAUGCAGAUUGACCGUUUCAAAGAUGAAAUAAUGGAGCUGCAGAAACAGCUACAGGACACCACGGCAAUGGUGAAAAAGCACCAGUGCGGAGACUCGAAGAAGAACGAUGAAGUAGAUUUUUCAGAUUCUCCUGAAAAGGGAGAUAAGAUCGUUUUGACUGAGGGUGACGAAAAUGCAGACAUCCCACCUGUCAUAACUAAAGAAUAUUCUUGUUUAGAAAAGACACUAAACUCGCAUCAAAAACGUCUUCUGAAAGAGUUGAAGACAAAGUUCAGUGAAUCAGUCGAACAAAGUAUAUCUGAAAGCAAACAAAUUCACGAGCAGGAAAUUCUCAACAUGAAGGCCAAGUUCGAUGAGGAAAAGAAAGAAUUAGAUGGCGAAUUAAUCAGGUUAAGAGAUUUGUUGACGAAUAUCAAAUGCGGUUCUACCGAACUGAUGGAUUUGAAAAAUGAACUAGAAGCUAAGCAUGCUGUUGAAAUGGAAGAAUUGAGGACUUAUUUUGAAAGGAAAUUUGCAGAUUUGGAAAAAAAUUUUUCUGAAGAGGUGUUCAGCCAGCAAAGCAGAAAGCUAUCCGGCUCGUCAUGCUCUGAACUAGAACUCAAUUCCGACCCCAUUUUCCCUCAUGCUCCGGGGCCGAGCGGUGACAUCAGGUAUGAAGCACAGCCCCACUUCACGAAGAAAGACGUCUUCAACCUGCAGAACGAGCUAAACAGUCUUGUUGGCAAAAUCGGCAAGUACGAUUUGGACGACUUGACGGACGACGAUCUGCAAAACUUGCAAAUCGAAAUCGCCAAGUCCAACCUGAACAACUUGCUCAAAUACGAUUUGUCUGCAGUAAGAAACGAGCAGCUGAGCAAGUAUCAGAAGGAGCUCGAGAUAAUGCAAGAAGACAACGAGAACAAGCUGAAAGCGCUGACAGCUGCGUAUGAGAAUAAAUUAAGGGACGCUGAGGAAAAGUAUCUAGAGGAGCUGGAAGAGUUGAAGGUUCGGUUGGACGAGAUGGGAAAACAGGUCACUGUCUGCUCUACUGUCCAGGAAGUGGGAAGCUCAGGCGAGUUCGAGAUCAAUGAAGUCAUACAAAGCUACGAGAGACGCCUCCAAGAACAAGUCACUCUAGCUAAGAUUGAUAUCAUUACGGCGCUCGAAACUCAGAUACAGCGUUUGGCUACCAGCGAAAAUGACGACGAAGAAUGGCCUUCAGAACUACUCCGCUUGCGCGACAAAUUCAGUCACAAGUACGAGGCUCAAAUGGAAAAUUUAAAAAAGGAGCAUCAAGACGAGAUCGAAACGUUGAAAGAGGAGCACCUGAAAGCCCUAAACGGUGCUCUUGAGAGAGCAAGAAGAAGGAGUCUGAGAGACACAGAUAGCUUGAGCAAGGGAGAAUUGGAAAUGCUACGAGAAAGGGAUAGCCUGAAGAAGCAAGUUUCUUCACUCAGAAACCUGCUGGGUGAGCUGUUGAAGUAUUUCACUCAGUGCGAAGACGAGCUAAACAAUACGUUAGUGGAUGAACUGGUGAAACAGGGUUUUGACAAGAACCUCUCUGUUAUUGAAGAUGAGUUGAAUCUGUCGAAUUCGAGUCCAACUUGCUCAAGCAAGGCCAGUGAUAGCCUGGCAAACGUCACCAGAGUCCAUCUCACCCCCAAUUUCAAGGACCUGAUCAAUCUGAUAGAGACUAGCUCGCAAGAGGACUGUGAUUCGAAGGAUAUCUCUCUAGAUUUGAAGACCGAACUGGGUUUCUGUUUGGAAAAGUUGAAGCAAGAAGCCAUCGCUAUUCUUGCUCUGACAACAAAUAACCUCAAACAAGGAGUUGUCAGUACAGUCGCUGAUAACAACAGAAAUUCUCCUCUGGAAAAUAAAGUGACGUCACUCACGAGACAGUUGAUUACUGAGACUCAAGCGAAAGAGAAGCUGAGAGAUGAACUUGAUGAUGCACUUAGGUAUACCGAGUCUUUGGAGAGAGAGAAGGAUCGUUUGGAAUCAGAGUUGGACGAGGUGAUAGCGAAAGUGAACAUUUUGGAGGCAGAUUUGUGUCAAGCCAAGAAUAGAAUAGCCCAGUUGAUUGAGAAUGGACAUAAAGAAAUUGUUUCUGAGGGCUACGGCGAAAAAGGGGCUGAAGUACAUCGAUGGGGUGAUGCGUUGACAAUUUUGUCCGAGUUACAAGAGAAAGCUAGAAGUAUGCUAUCCCAAUCAAGAGCUAGUGCUGAUCCUACAUUACUCCAACUCAUCGAAGAACUAUGCGCCGUUGGAGAGAGAAUCAAAGAAGAAUCCCAACGGGAAAAUCGUGAUCUGCAGCAACAGAUCGAAGCUGCCGACAAGAAGUACAGGACGACCCAAAAAUUCUUGGAGGAACAGGCCGCCGAACGAGAACAGGAGAGAGACGAGGCGCAGAAGAAAAUGGAGGCGUUGGUCGGGCAGUUGCGUGAGAGGGACAAGGAGAGGGUCAAUUGCGAAAGGGUCGCUGCGGAAGUGAAAUGUGUUUGCUGUAGAGAAAAUAGAUGCACAGAAUUACAGGUGGAACAGCUCGAGCACCAACUGCAGGAGAUGACGAAACUCCUCUCCGACCAAACCGAAGCUUGCAGAGCCACAGAAUUGGAUCGAAACGAGGCCGUAGACAAGAUCAAAGUGUUGCGCGACAUCAUCCGCGAGCUGGAGUUCCAAACUGAAUCCAAGUCGAAAGAGAUCGAGGAACACUUGCAGACCAUCGAAAAGUUGCAAUGUAUGCUCGAGCAGCACGAAAGGUCCGACGCGGAAAUUGAACAAGGUGACUUAUCGAAAGAUGUUUCAGAUGUCGGGGAGCUGUGCAGGCACAUCGAGCAUUUGGAGAACGAGCUGCAGAAGGUCAGGGUGCAAGCUGAGUUGGCGGGCAGCGAAGGCGCUUUGAAGCAAGUACGUUCGCAGCUGUAUGAGAUAGAAUUUCUGAUGGACAUAAAAACCAAAGAGUUGGAAGCACUUCACUUCACAACUGGAACAAAUUGCAGCUCUCCUUCCGAAGACGUUUCUGCUAGAGACUUGAUUGUACCUAGGAGCCCGAAAAAGAUGGACGACAGCGACGUGCCACUCCAGCAACUCGCGAGACUCAAGGAAAAACUGCUGCGUCACUCCAGAGCUGAAGAUGCCGCUAUCAAACGGAUCAAGGACCUCGAAAUGCAAGUUUUCAGUCUUAGGCAAGAGGUGGAGGAAUCCGGUAGCGAAAAGGAGUACCUGAAGAAGCAGAUCCAGGAGCAGCUGGUGCUCAUCUCCGACUUCCAGAUCAGACUAGACGAGCAGCGAAUCAGGGCGGAGCACAUCGAGAAGCAGACCAACACGUCGCUCGAGCUGAAGAUCUACGACCUGCAGGCCGAGACCGCGUCUCUCCGCGAAAAGUUGCAGCAGAAGGAGAAGGCCCUGCACCAGCAGCAGACGCUAUUAGAGGAAACGAGGAAGAGGGCGCGGCUGGUCGAAGAAGAGUUGAGCUCGGCCAAGGACGACGAGAUCGUCGUCGAGAUGCAGAAGGAAAUCGAGGGACUGCGAGCCGAGAACGAGCAGCUGAAGAGCAAGAUGAGCAAAGACGCGAGGAUGGUGCCCAACUUGGUCGAGAAUAUCAUCUCGGACAAGAACGUCGACAUCGAGAAGCUUCGCAGUAAGCUCGAUGACACGGAGAAGUUGUUGGAAGCGUAUACAUCUCUCAAUUUGGACAGAAACGAGUUGCAAACCCUUUCGAAUAUGAAGAACAGCGGUACGAGCAUUGAGGAGCUGUUCAGCAUCAUUGAAAUGAGUCAAUUCGACCAGAUGCGCAGGAUGGAGAGUCGAAGUGACAGCUACAACCUUGAGCGGAGUCCGAACGCGCUGAUGCAGAAAAGAACCACCGAGGAAACGGUUCUCGAACCGGAAAUAUCGGCGAUAAACGGCCCGGGUUUCGCCCACUCGCAGAUCCACGCGAGGAAUUCAACGGAGGUGUCUCAUAAAAGGGUUCAUUUCGAAGAUACCCACAUCGAAGGUCUCAGAACUCAGAUAGCCGCUCUUACGGACGAACUCCACAAGAAGGAAGCCGUUAUCAAAGAAUACGAGGAGCGAUUGCUGUUGCUAAACAGUCUCGAGAGCAAGAUCGAGAAGCUACAAGUGUCUCUAGAAGAGACGGAGAAAGCUCUGACAACCGCCACUGAGACGUUCGAAAGAGAACAGACUGAGUUGCGGAAGAAGGAGAAAGAUUUGGGCGUCGAACUUGCCGAGAAAAAACUCCACCUGUCCGAAGCGGAAAAACGCAUCCUACUUCUAGAAAAGGAUUCUCAAAGAAAAGAUGAAAUGUAUUUGGAGUUGAGCAGGGCGAAAAAAGAUUUAGAAAAGGAGAUCAGUGUCCACAAACACGAUAGCUUCGUCAGACUGGACACGGUCAUUCGAGAAAAGAACGAGGAGAUCGACCAGCUGAAAGACAAGGUGAGAGCCAGCGAAGAUGUUAAUUUGUUAAAAAAGCAACUCUCUGAGAAAAACAUUGAUUUGACCUCACUGCGAGCUGAAAAUGAGAACAUGUCGCGCAAGCUACAGCAGACGAAAACUAGUUGCGAGACGCUCGAGGAGAAGCUAAGAUUAACCAAUGAAGAUAACGUCAAGCUGAAGAAGGAGCUGAGCAACAACGCUUUACAAAUCGAAUCUGUCACUGGCGAGAUGAACGCUCUGAAGGAGAAGCUGAAUAAGAAGCGGAAGGCGAUCAGAGAUCUCGAGGAUGUUGUGCAAAACCAAAAGGCUGUAGUUGCUCAGCUUGAACAGCAGGCAGAGAAGCAGAAAGCCGUUCUACUGGAUCGUGAGACGGAAAUCGAAAUAGUUAACGAAGAUGCCAAGCAUUACCAAAAUGAAAUCGCACGCUUGGAGGCUGAAAUUAAAGAGCUGAAAAACCUUGACGUGACGAAGCUUCAGGAAGCGAUCCAAGAGAAAGACCUUAAAAUCGAUGACCUGAACAAGGAACGUGCUCAUAUGCUAGAAUUGAUGAAUGAAAAGGAAAAAAUUAUCAACCAGAUGGCAGAAGACAGUCACCAGCUGCACGUGAAUCUGGUGACGAUCAAGAGCAAGCUGAAAGAGCCUGGCAACAUCAUCGACAUCGGAAACAAGCUGAAGGAGGAACAGAAGCGGUCUGCAGAGCUCGCCCAGGAGAUCCACGAACUGAAGGCGCGGCUGAUGCGAUACAAAAGCAACGACAUGGCCAGCUCCGUCGAUGAGAUCACGGACCAAUUGAGACGUGAACUUGACUACUCUGCACAAAUCGACUCCAACAUCAUUUCGGCCGUCAGCGAUCAGAGCAUCAACUCGAUUUCGGACUCGCAGGACGUGGAGGUAUACAAGAAGAUGGUGUCAGCUGAGAGGGCCUCCAACAGGCAAAUUUCCAAGCAGGUCGACAAGCUGCAGCAGGAAGUGGCAGAGCUGCGAUAUCACCUCCAAAAGGAGCGCGAAGCCUUGGCACGAACUCAAGCUGACGACGCCAAGUUCAUAGAACAAUUGACGCUUCAACUGGACAUCGUCCUCGACAGAGAGGAAGCUCUGAAGAGCGUCCUAGACGAGAAGAAGAUCGAACUGGACCGACUUGAGAAAGAGGUCGACUCGAUGAAGAACAAGCAGGUCAACAGUUCAGAAUCGACGGAGUACAAACCGCCUCCUUCCAAAGAGGUGCUUGAGCUGAGCCUGUUGCGUAAGGAUUCGGAGGACCUGCUCAAGGAAAAAGAAGCGCUUUGCGGAGAACUUGAAUCUUUGAAACGUUCCAAAUUGGAAAUUGACGCCGCGUUCAGGUAUACCAAAGAAUUGUUGACGUUGGAGGUGCAGAAAGCGAAGAACUUUGAGGAUGAAGUUCGGAAAUUGAUGAACGUCGAGAAACGGUUGAGGGAUACUUUGAAGCAGAAGGAACUCGAAGUGGAAAAGUUGAAGGAUGAAUUGGACAAAGAUAGAAGCAACUUCUUCAAACAGAAACAAGAGUUGGUGGAAAGAGUGAAAGCUCAACCCGCAACGAAGCUGCAGGAAAAUGUUCUCACGAGCACUGUACCUGACUGUCUGCUGGAAAAAAUCAAAGAAUUAAACGCUGCCCUCUUAGAUAAUAGAAAGCUGAUGGAAAUCAUCCAAAGAGUCACCUACGAGAAAAGACUUGCUGAAAAUGAACUCGCAAACUUGAAAUCUGGCUCCACAAACAAUCUGCCGUUCAAUGAUUUGGUCGCCAGGAGCGACUUUUUGUUUGCGAAAACAUUGAAAUUGGAAAGUACCAAGAAGGCUUUAAUAUGGCAGAAGCGAUACCUCAUGGAGCACCUGCAGGGUCACCAUCAGCAUUGUUCGAGGCAGGCCUCAUCUAACCCUUUCCUGAACAGACAAGAGGUUGUGAUUCGUCGGACACCCAAAAAACGUUUCCAAUUGGCAGUUCUAGUAAUAGUCUCCAUAGUUAGAAUGAAGUACCUCGUACAAAGGUGGCACUCUGGUAUUAGGAUAGCAGAGAAAGUGAACGCGCGUCAUUACAGGAGCUCCGGUACUGUGAAACGGGAACCUGUGAUAUCGACCAGGUUUCAAGUAGGACAGCCUGUUUCCAGUCAACAGUUUGCAAACGUUCCUGCAAGAAAUGUCAUCAAUCAUUUCCGGAAUGAUGAUGAAGGGGAGUUUGAGGAACGUGAGGAAAACCAUGAAAGGAUCCCAUGCUUAGAAGAACCGGAUGUGAACAAUUCAUGGUCCGGAAAAACUCCGCCGUCUAGAGAAAAAAAAUCUAGGAUUUGCAUUGGAUCAAACAUCGUGAGCAAGGAAGAUUUGACUCCUUUGAAGGCGCCCCAAUUGAUAGCUCACUUUGUGGAUCGUUUUGACCAGAUACAAGAAAGACUGGGGGUUGUUUUGGAAGCCAAACAAUCGCAAAGUAGUUGUUAAGUCAUGCCUAGCGUAGUUUGUAAAGACUGUAAAUAAGCAUUUUCAAGUUCAGAAUUGUUUAUAAUAUAAUUUUCCCUGUUGUUCAGCAGUUUAAAUUAGAAUUUUCAGUUUAUUAACAUGUUACUGCUCAAAAAUAUAGAAUAAAAACGUUUUUUUGUGAUUACAUUUUUCUUAGAAUUCAGUUUCGCAUUUUACUCAAUAGAUAGGGAAACACUUGUUAUGCAGUUCAUUAUACACAUUGUCAUCUGAUUUUAUUUCUAUUUAGAAAUGUAUCGAUAUCUACUGUUUUUAUAAAAUAGGAAAUGUGUUACCGUAUUUUUUGUAUCACAGAAAUAAAGGUUUUGUUUUUUGUAA